CACCGCUCCGAUUGGUCAAAUUUUCUCGUGACAACUUCCGGUAAAAUGGAGCACAAUAUUUGAAAUUUGCCCUGGCUACGUAACGUCUGUCUACCUCAUUUUAACAACAGAAGCGCGUGAGAGGAAAACCAUGAAUGAUGACAACCGCCAGUUGUUUGAGAGAGUCGCCAGGAAGAUGGGCUGGAUGGACCAGGGAGGACUGGACACCGCGGAGAAGAAGCUGAUCAGCUCGAUUGGCAAGACUCGUUUUGGCGCCACAAGUGGUCAUCGACCUGCAGAUCCAUCAACUUCGCCCAUCCUGCUUGGCCUCUCUGGAAGUGAAGAUGAGUCGGAGAAGGAGAAUCAGUGCUUCAAAGGCAACGAUUACAGAGACAAGUCUUUGAUUGAGUCCAGUGACGACGACUUUGACCAGUUUCUUGUGGGAAGGGCUACACCGAAAGCGAAGCCGACAACAAAGGGAACUUGUAGCGCUGCAAAGAAAGACAAUUCAAAUGUUCUCGUGGUGAGCUCAGGCGAUGAGGGCAGCUUUGAGACGUUUCUGCAACGAGUGAAGACGCCAAACACCAAGACUGAGAAAGUGUCAGAGAGUGGAAGUGAAGACAGCCUCAAAAACUUCAUCGUGGACGACUGCUCAUCAGACGAUGACUUCAUUGACACAAAAAUAUCUUUGAAAGUGCCGAAGAAGAGCACCACUCCAGCAGCCCAGCCUCCACGGAGGAGACCACUGUCUCAAUGGGACUCCCCUGUCUUUGUCAGUGACAGUGACGAUGAUGAUGAUAAUAUCGUGGUCAAAAGCACGUGGAGAACUCGUCACUCAAAACCCAAACCGCCGGCGAAAGCCAUCAGGAAUAAUGCUCUGCUGCGCGAUGAAGACGACAGCGCUCCAUCACUGCCUUCGCUCCCCAUCUCAUCUCCCUUUUGUUUCCGUCCACCCAAAACUCCAACAUCUCUGGGCACUCCUAAGUUUACGUUUACAACACCUUCGAUGCUGGUUGAGUCGGAGAGUUCUGAGGAGGAGUUCACAUCGUUGCUGGAGAGACUGAAAAAGAAAAACAAACUCCCUGGCACUUCAUGUUCCCCAAAGACCGCCAAAGAGAACAUUAAGGAGCCUCCUUUCUUAGCUCCUCCGCUGAAGGCACGAACAAAACCAGCUUCUAAAUCAUUGGGGGAAAAACCUCUGCGAGUGAAAGCACCUGGGAAAUCCACCAUCUUGAAGCCGAUGGUCAGUCAGACCGAGCCCAGGCACGGCCCCAUUAGCAGGGUAACUUUGUGUAAAACCCCCGGCUGCUUCCUGGAGUCACUGUCAAACCCUGGCUCCAGCUAUAGCCACGGCUUCAAGCAGAGCAAGGAGGACCUCACCAGGAAACUCUACCAGCUGUACAACACCACUGUAUUCGACAGCAAGCUCCCUGUUGAUAUGUCAGUGACCUGGAAUAAAAAAUUGCGGAAAACGGCUGGUUACUGUGUCACGGGGCAGGAGCGAGGUGGUGGGAGCCGCUACGCUCGCAUUGAUCUGUCAGAGAAAGUCUGUGAUUCUGCAGAUCGUCUUAGAGACACGUUGAUUCAUGAGAUGUGUCACGCGGCGACAUGGCUGAUUAAUGGCGUGAGGGACGGGCACGGAAGCUACUGGAAGCUCUACGCACGCAAGUCCACAUUGGCCCAUCCCGAGCUGCCCAUGGUCACUCGCUGCCACAGUUACGACAUCAAGUACAAAUUCAAAUACCAGUGCACCCGUUGCCAGAAUACUAUCGGGCGUCACUCCAAGUCCCUGGACACCCAGAGGUUUGCGUGUGCCCUCUGCAAAGGUAAUCUUGUCUUGCUGACUCCCCUCAAGACGCGCGCUCCUGCUCCUUUUGCCAACUUUGUCAAAGAGAAUUAUGGGACUGUGCGACAGGGACUAGCAGGACAAAGCCAUGCGGAGGUGAUGCGUAAGCUAAGCGCCGACUUCGCCUCAAAGACUAAACUCAGUCAAAGCUGAGAUCCUGAAUUUGUCUUUAAGUGAAGCUGUUGCUUGAGCUGCACAAUCAUAGGAAACCUGUUCAGAUUCUCAAAUACCUCAGUCAACCAGUUUUACAAUAGUGAGCAGCUGUGAUUAUUGAUACUGAAUCUAUUUUUGUACUUUUCUAUGUCGUUUUUGUUUGUAUGUGAUUAUUAACUGGAGUAAGUGGAACUGAGGAAACUGAGCCAGCUAAUGUUUGUAAGGUUGUGUCACAUCAUGACGACUAAUAUAUUCUGGAGAUCAGUCUGAUCCCUUAGUGUUUUUUAUAUUUGAU